CGGUGACUGUCGGCGGUCAUGGAAUUCCAAGGAUCCAAUUGUCUUCGGCAACGACUAGUACUAUCCGUACUGACCGGAAAAGCGGUAAAAAUUACGGGUAUUCGUGACAAACAACAAGAUUCGGUCGGCAACUAUGGCCUCAACGAAUCGGAAAUGAAUUUAUUGAAACUAAUGGAAAAAGUGACCAACGGUUCGGAUAUCUAUGUCGACCAACGCGGCACCCGAUUGGACUUCCGACCCGGCCUGCCAUACGGUGGCCGCGUUGAACACGACUGUUCACUGGGCCGUAGUAUCGGCUACUACUUGGAGCCGCUGUUAAUGUUGGCUCCGUUUUGCAAACACCCGCUCGAGGCCCGACUGACCGGCAUAACCAACGACCGAAUUGAUCCGUCAGUGGACUCAUUGAAACACUCGUCGCUGGCCAUAAUCAAACAGUUUUUGGGCGGUGCCGCCGACGAUGACGAACUAUCGAUUACCGUCGAAAGUCGUGGUCUGGCACCGGCUGGCGGCGGUUGUAUUGUAUUCAAGUGUCCCAUUCGGCGCUAUCUGCGGCCCAUUCAAUCGCUCGACGCCGGCAAAGUUCGCCGCAUACGUGGCCUGGCCUACGCCACCCGUGUAUCGCCACAGUUGGCCAAUCGUAUGGUAGCGGAAGCCAAAGGCAUACUAUUGAAAUAUAUUCCCGACAUUUACAUCUAUACGGAUCAUCUGAAAGGCCCGCGUAGUGGGAAAUCGCGUGGUUUUGGCCUCUGUUUAUGGGCCGAAACAACUGUACCGAACGGUUGUUGCUAUGUUGGCGACGCUUGUUCUCAUCCGUCAGGUUCGGGCAAAGAAACCGAAGCCGUAGCCGAAGAUAUUGCACGGGAAGCUACCUAUGCAUUGCUGAACGAUAUCUACAGAGGCGGUGCUGUCGAUACCCAGAGUCAGCCAUUGUGUACACUAUUCAUGGCUUUCGGCCAAAGAGAUCUGUCGAAAGUCCUGUUGGGACCGUUGUCUCCAUUUUCCAUACAACUGUUCCGUCAUAUGAAACAAUUUGUCGAUUUGACAUUCAAAUUGGACACCCAAUCGACGGCCAGUAGUAGUACCACUGCUGCCUCGGCCACCAAUGAUGACGAUAUGAUUGACGAUGAACUACGAUUGGGUUCAACCAAACUACUGGCCACAUGUGUGGGCAUCGGCUAUACUAAUCUAAAUAAAACUGUUUCAUAGGUUUUAUAUUAUAUAUCAGUAUAUAUUUUAAUUAAAAUU